AUGCGUUAUCAACAUCCAUUGUCCGGAAUCAACGCAUUAACUACGUUCUUGUUGGAUUUUGGAAUGGAAGUAGUGAAGAGGACUGAAACAGCUAUAUGGUUCGGGGGUUAUGGCAUCGAUCAGGCUUCCAAGCUAGGUAACAGUCCUAUUGUCAAAUUAAAACAGGCGCCGGGUGGAGGCCACAUGACAACAGUUCAUGAUCCGGAGGGCUUCCCAGUAAACUUCAUUUAUGGCGCGUCUCCUAGAGCACAGCCGAAAAAACAGCCGUUAGAAGCCCUUCAAAUUAAUGAUGAAUUCUCAAAACCGAGGAAAGGUGCCUUCCAGCGGUUUAAGCCUGGACCCGCGGCUAUUCAUAAACUCGGCCAUUUUGGUCUUACGAUCCAUGAUUUCGAACUUCAAUUUAAAUGGUACACAAAUCACUUCAACCUUGUUCCCUCAGACAUAUUGUAUGCACAAAACGACCCUAGACAGAAGUUUGAUGUGGCAGCUUUUCUCCAUAUCGACAGAGGGAAAGAAUACGUUGACCAUCACUCCUUUUUUCUCUCAGUUGCCGCGACUCAACAUGUUCACCACUCCUCAUUCGAAGUCCAUGAUUAUGAUAGCCAGAAUAUGGGGCACUAUUGGCUGAAAGAAAAAGGUCAUAAGCCUGUAUGGGGUCUAGGCAGACACAGAUUGGGUAGCCAGAUCUUUGAUUACUGGUGGGAUCCUAAUGGAUUUAUGGUAGAGCAUUAUAUAGAUGGUGAUCUCGUUAAUGAGAAUACACCGACGGGAAGGCAGCCAGCUGGUGAUGAAAGCUUAGCAGUGUGGAGUGAGCCUGUACCUGCAACAUUUUUAGACUGA